CUGUUAUCUCUGCCGGCAGAGGUGCGGCUGAGGAUCUACUACUGGGCUUACCGGAUGAGUCCAAUCCAGCCCAAAGAGCUGGCAGCGGGAUAUCCGAUUCCGAUGCUGUGCCGCUACGUGCUACACCCACUGGAUCCGGAUCUUGAACAGCAGAUCGAGAUAAAGGAGAGAAUGCGGGAGCUCAACAAGACGACGCCGGGCUUGCUCAACUCGGAGCGGCCUCUGGCGGGGGUACCGACGAGCCUCCUAUGCACCUGUCGGCAGAUUUACUUUGAGGCGCGUGAAGUGCCGUUUGCCAACAACGAGUUCGUCUUUCUCAACUGGUUUUCCUCAGGGCUCAACGCGGCAGCGGCCGUGACUAAGUCGCAGCGGCCGUGGCAGCGCCUGGCCAUGCGGUACGCGCGGCUGGAGAUGAUGGCCGAGGAUCUGGCUCGGACAGUGGCGCUGAAGAAAUGGGCGGAGCUGUGCGGCCCCGGACGGUCGGCAUCUUGGACUCGGGGGCUCCGGGGUCUACGGUUGAAAAUUGUGGGCCAGGUCGGCAGGAGGAGCGAGGACUCAAAGGACGACGACGAGUUUGUUGACGGGCUGGAGGAGGCGGGCGGUGCCAAGCGGUGGGUAGAAGAAGGGCGGCUGGCGGAGAUGGAGAACUUGGAGAGGCUGGAGAUUGAGAUUAUCAAGAACUCGUGGGGCACGACGGAAAAGAUGGCGUGGUGUGCGGCUGUAGAGGAGGCGUUGAGGGAGAAGGGGUCCAGGGCGGUGGUUGUG